AUGGGUUUUCUUACAGAAAUGAUUGGCUUUAUUGCCAUUUCAAAUUGGGGAAAUUUAUUCCGUACAUUUGGUGGUAGUGCUUUCAGUUUCCAUUCCACUAAAAUGUUUGUCUAUGGUAAAUAUGUUAGAGUAAUUGAAUAUCCAUUUGGAGAUAUGCGUACAAUUCGAUUAAAUUUAAAUAGUUAUGAACAUUUACGAAAACGUAUUGCAGAAUCACAUGGACUUGAUAAUGAAUCAAUUCAACAAGUUUACAAAUAUGAAGAAAAUUGGUGGACUGAAAAAAUUAAUGAUAAUGAAGAUGUAAGAUCUCUAAGAGAAUAUCAUAUUUUAUUAUGGAGUAGAAGUACAGGUCAAAUACCAUCACGUAAUGUUAAUUUAAAGGAAAUUCCAGAUGAAAUUAAUCAAGAAGCAGAAAAUGAAGUUGUAUCAACAAGUACAAGUGGUGAAGUUGAAAAGAAAUCUGAAACUUAUUCAUCACAUGAUAAGACUGUUAGUGCUCUUUCACUUAUUCAUUCAUUGAGAAAGAAGGAUUCAUUCACAGAUGAUGAAUAUCAAAUACUGACUGAAUUAAUUUUACAACAUGAUCCAUACAUUUUAUCUUUACAUUCAAAUUUCAAAGAUGAUGAAGAUAGCUUUGUCAUUUAUGCAAAGAGAAAAGUAAUUGAUUAUACUGUUGGUUUUCAUGCAAUUUCACUUCCACAAAAUUUAAGACAAAAGAAGAAUGUACAACGAGAUGAUAAGGAUAAGGAUGAAGAAAAUGAUUUAAAUGCUGUCUAUUAA